AUCGACUCUAAAGAUGCACAUUGCAUUCAAAACAACAAUUUCCAAAGCUUUUGCAUUCGACUCUCCAUUCUCAGUGCGUGGAAUAGGUGAAUCGACUCUUUUUUUUUUUUCCUCCGGAACUGACUCCUAGCUGAAGUGAGAGUGAGAGACAGAGCACAUCGCGUACUUUUUAAUUUACGAAGCUGGACGUCAAAAAAAUUAAUAUAUACUUUAAAAAAUAUACAGCUGUAUUUAAUGAAUUAGAGAAAAAGUGAUGUAGCGAUGGUAGUUUUGGGAUGCUCAGGCUUCGUCAAUAAUUUGUUGGAACGUAUGAUGCUCGGUUUCAUUUCCCGGCUCGGCGUUAGGCAGGUCACAUGCUCGCUCGGGAAUAAUAAUGGCUGCACAGGAACCGUCCCCUCCGUCUUCACUGGAAGGCAACAAGCCGGGCUUCCCGAGGAAAAUCCUGGCCAACAAGCUGGAAGAAAAGCAUCUGUGUAACAUCUGUCAGAAAAUCCUGCGGAGGCCGUUUCAGGCGCAGUGCGGACACCGAUUCUGUUCAUACUGCUUUAACAAAACAGUGAGUUCUGGUCCCCAGAAAUGCAGUGCCUGUAUAAAAGAAGAUAUCUUUGAGGAGCCAACGUCGAUUCUGAAACAGGGCUGUGCUUUUCCUGACAAUGCUGCUAAACGAGAAGUCGAAGCCCUCGAAGCUGUUUGUAUUAAUGAAGGUUGCAGCUGGACAGGAACCAUCAAAGAAUAUGAGGCCACCCACGAGGGACAGUGUGAUUUUAUGAUCAUCCCGUGUCCGUCCUGCAAAGAGCUCUUGAGAGCCAACGAACUUGAACGUCACAAUGAGCGGGAAUGUCCCGAGAGGACUCUGAACUGCAAAUACUGCAAAGAACCUUUUCAUUUUAAAAAUAUUAAGGCCCAUGAUGAGAUUUGUCCAAAAUACCCAAUGAUUUGUGAAGGCUGUGCGAAGAAGAAAAUUCCCAGAGAGAAGUAUGUGGAUCACAUCAAGCUGUGUACCAAAUUCCGGACCCCAUGCAGAUUUCACGUUGUCGGCUGCGACAUGUCUGUGGAGAAGGAGAAGAUCCACGAGCACGAGCGGGCGUGCUCAUACGAGCACCUGAAUCUGCUGCUGCACUUCAUCAUGGGCAUCAAGGUGAGCGUGGAGAGCCUGCAGCCGCAGGGCCUGGAGCUGGCCAGCCACAAGCUGGAGGAGCUGCAGCAGUCUCUGUGUGAGCUGGAAGUCAAGCUGGGCCAGCUGAGCGCUGGGGCUCCCGUGCAGGGGCCCUGCGUGCCGUGUGCGCCCGCGCCUAAUCCUCCACCUCCUGCACUGCCCGCGCCCACCCUGGCCACGUCCUUCACCCCGCUGCCCAGCGCUGUCGGCGCCGCCCUCGAGCUGCAACUGCACAGCGAGAAGACCAAGGUGGCCGAGCUGAGCCGUCGCUGCCAGGACCUCGAGCUGAAAGCCAGCACCUUCGAGAACAUCGUGUGCGUGCUGAAUCGCGAGAUGGAGCGUUCGGCCACCACCAUGGAGGCUUACAACCGCCAGCAUCGACUCGACCAGGACAAGAUCGAGAUCCUCAACAACAAGGUUCGUCAGCUGGAGAGGACGGUGGGGCUGAGGGAUCUCUCCAUCGUGGAGAUGGAGAGCAAGAUGAGAGAAAUGUCAGCUGCCACCUACGAUGGCGUGUUUGUGUGGAAGAUCUCAGACUUCGCCAAGAAGAGGCAAGACGCUGUAGCAGGACGGGCCCCAGCCAUGUUCUCACCUGCAUUUUAUACAAGCAAGUAUGGCUACAAGAUGUGUUUGCGCAUCUAUCUGAACGGGGACGGAACAGGGCGCGGCACUCACUUGUCUCUGUUCUUCGUGGUGAUGAGGGGACACAGUGAUGCCUUGCUCAAGUGGCCUUUUAACCAGAAGGUCACACUAAUGCUGCUGGACCAGAAUAACAGAGAGCACAUCAUCGACGCGUUCAGGCCAGAUAUCUCGUCCUCGUCCUUCCAGAGACCCGUCAGCGACAUGAACAUCGCCAGCGGCUGCCCUCUCUUCUGCCCACUCUCCAAGCUCGACUCCAAGAACUCGUACAUCCGUGACGACACCAUCUUCAUCAAGGCCAUCGUUGACCUCACUGGCCUUUAAGGCUGUAAGGCAGCUCUUUGCACUCCUCCAGCCUGCUGCGUUCGGUUUUCAGUGCCGUUCUGAGGCCUGAGACCUCCUAGCAGAUCUCUGAUGGGGGGGGGCCUAAGCACCCCUGAAUGACUCCCAUUCCCAGGGCCAUGUUACUUUACAUCGCUCUACAUUAAUGUUGCCAACCCAAAUUGUGCCUGGAGUUGUGUGCAGUUUUGCUGUAAUAUAGUCGGAAAGUUCUCUCCUUCUUCCCCACAGCGGGAAUAGCUGUCAGCAGUGAUUGUAACGUAACUAUCGGUGCCCGUUGUGGCACUUCUGCCUUUUCUAGAGAUUGAGAGAGGACUUUUACUCGCAGGAUAGAAGUCAUUUCACCUUCAGGAGCUUUGCUUGUGCUGUGGCCAGUGUUCGGGGAUUGGCUUUUACGUUUCCGUGUUUGAACUAAUUGCGUGUUUCUUUUGCAUAGACAGACGUGGAGUUUCAAUAACAACGAAUGAUGCUAACGAAUUCUUUUGCUAUACCCUAUAUAGUUCCUUAAUCUUGCUUAAUCGAAUAUCUAACCACUCUGAGUGUAUACAUCUUCUCGCAUCUCCUCUAUGUACGUAGUGGUGAACAUCGCUCGAAUUCCAUGAAGUCCGAGAAUUUGGGUUUUAUUUCCCCCGACCCGGCUUGUGUUUGAGGUAUGUGUUCUGUGCAGGUCUCUGUUUCCUUCCUUACCAUUUUUUUGGUGUUCUUUGCUGUAUUAGUUUGCAUGUUGGAUCUGUGGAAGAUACAUUCAAGUUAGCAAAAGUGCAGGUUUGCACCACAAACCUGAGAAGCGAAGGCAGUUUCAUCGUAACUCCCUGUCAGCGGAAAAACAACACCACACCGAUGUUAGUUAAACGCUCAAAUUUUUUGCCUCUCAUGCCUCAGUGUAGCCCAUCAUUUCACUACGAGCAGAUAGGAUCAUCCCGAGAGCAAGGCAGCAAGGCAUCUGGGAUUUACACGCACACCCUAACCGGCAGCUUUUUAGCCUAAUCUGAGUGGAGACGUAGACUAGGACAGAAACUCGUGCUUUCUUGUGGCGUGAAAGGGCUGGUGUUGAAUCGUACUUUGGUGUUUUCUCGUUCUGAGUGUUCUCUUGAUGUUGUGCUGCUUUGGGCAAAAGUGAUUAAUGGCCCUCCAACUAUAACGUACUCUGUUAACUAGAAUUAGCCAAAAGGGACUAUUCUUUAGUCACUCCUGUUUUGUCGCUAUACUCUAAAAGGUUCUCUAUGGGGUUUUACACUUUGUGAACGUACUAGAAACAUGUGGUUGUUUAAAGGAGCUACGUGUUGUGUAAGUGGUAAUCAUAAAUCGCUUCAAAAGAUUGCAAGCAUUAAAGAAAACUCACAAAUUUACAUUCGUUACCAUAGCUCCUGUUGUCCCAGGCGACUUUGUGAAAUUUGUUUAAAAAAAAUAAUAAUAAAUGCUCUCAACAUUGAUGUUUGUCAUUAAACGCCACGGCGCGCUAACAGGACCAAGAAGUCGGCUCGAACAUUCGCACGUUUGUACUGCGGAUGACCGGAGCUAACUCUGGAAGCUAACUCUGGAAGGACUACUAAUUAUUAAUUAGUAAUUACAACUGCUAAUCCUACCUGUAGCACCUUUAAGCCAUCUUAAAAUUAGAUAGGUUCCAUAAAAGAUAGCCCAACCUCGUUUUCUACACGCGAUCACCUCAAGAAAAGCGGUAGUGGUUUUUUUUUUAAAUUUUAGUUUAUUUAUUUAUUUCUUUAUUUUAGGAACCACAGAGAGCAUCGCUACACCUAUAUACAGUGCAUGACUCUUCCAUCCUAAGGGCUUACAGCAUACAGUACGUCUUCCAUAUGAGGUUUCCGCUCUGAUCCUUUCCUAGAUGGAGUCUGAGAUGCUUUUUAUUUACAUUUUUUUUUUUUUUUUUUGGGGAAAAAAAAAAAAGAAUUAAAAAAAGAUGCCUUCAUGCUACCGAAGCACCUAGACCCAGCCUAUUUUCAAACCAGUUCCGACAGACAUUGAAACCUCUCUGUGCAUGAGAUGUUUCAAUAAAGAAAAGAAAAAAAAAUCAAACACACAUAUUGUAAAGUAUUGGUUUACUUUGUAGACCAACAUUUUAUUUGUAUUGCUUUUACUUUAUUAUCUGUUGAAAUGCGGUAUAUGACGGUUAUAAAUGUGAAUGUGUUAUAUUGCUUAUUUAAGUAUAAAUAGAUAUACUAUUAUACGGUGCACACAGUCGUCUGACUGUACGCUGUGCAUAUAAGGAAUAUUAAUUAUAUAUCUAAUAUAGAUUCUAUUAAGUAAUAAUAUAUGUACUAUUUCCUGUUGGGAUGGUUUAAAAAUGUGUUCGGGCGCUAUUUUUUUUUUUUUUUUUCCGUUUGGGCUUUAGCAAGUUCUCCACUUUGUGUCAUCCUACGAGGAAACAAGUCUUUUUGAAAAGAUCCGUUUUUUUUUCUUUUCUUCUCUCCCCUCCACUGCAGUAUUAAUUUGGCAGUCGAGGUUUUCUCAAGCUUGCUCGUUUCGCCCCAGUGACAUUUCAGCGCUUUUUAUUUUGUAGAUGGGUGACGUGCCUCUGUAGUAUAGCUCAUAUGAUGCAUCCUCUCUCUACAUGCCAGUUUAAGCAACCACUGCAUGCUGCAGAUGUGCUGUAUCGUGAGUCAUAUCUAUAACGUUAAAGCUUUCAGUUACUUACACGAAUAGCAUAUAUUACACUAUAAACACUUUGCCUUUUCAAUUGACAUCGCAUUAUUUGUCGUAAUGCACACAUUACAGUUUAGCUUGUGCACUUAUACAAGUGACCUUCCUAUUGUUUGAGUGAAAAUUCUAGUGUGUUCAUCCGGGUGGUGGGUUGGAUGAUUUUUCAGUCCGAAGGCUAGGCUUCGCUAGGCACACUACAUUUUGCAGGAGUUCGCCUGCAGCCGUUUAAAUGUAAAUUAUUUAGCAUACGCUAUACUGAAGUGACGGUAUUUUCUUAUGUUUUUACAUUUGAAUCAAAGCUCUAAAGGCGUUUAUUAGAUUACUGAUCUACAACUUGUACUUGUAAUUUGUGUACAUUUUAAUAAAUUGUGUUGCUGGUUUAUAUCCUUGUAAGACGUGUGUCUUGCAGUGCCAUAACCUUUCUAAUGCAGUUUACUUUGGGAAAACUUGUGAAGACCUGCGACUAGCAGUGAUGUGUAAAGGUACCGUGAUUCUUUUCUCCCUUUAUCAUGGUUUAACCCUCUUAACAUCUUCAAUAAAUGCUUUUCUGACCUCA